UUUUGUUCAGUGCACUUGGUGGCGUUCAGGGGUUGCGUCUAGUAGGCGAGGUGGUCACUUGCUUUACGAGUGUGUGAACUACUAUGCCUGUUAAAUAAUCUCUUUCACUGUAGUUUUCAUCGCUGGCUAGGCGAUGAUAUCUAUAUUUGGUGAACUGGACGAGCAAAGUUAGUGACACAAUAAGUAAAGCAACUGGGAAGCAGUGAUGAUGCUUUGACUCAGGCUUCCCAUUGACACGCCCGUAAGAGUGAGAAUUUACGUGAUCGUUGAACAACAGUGACUUACCAAUACCGAAGGUCCUGUUACUCUUGAUUACCAUUCAGCUGAAAAUUCACAACUACAGUCUUAAUGCCCAAGCAAGCGGUGUCUGUCUGGCCAGAUGUCAGUCGUUGCUCUGAAAAUAAAGUUUUGGUGGAGGUCUAACUUGCAAGAACUUAACCCCUCUUCUUCACCUGCCACCCUCCCGGAGCACAAUCCCUACCGAGGUUGAGGCGAACCGAACAGUAAUUCAACUUUUCCCCCUCGUCCACGUUUCCAUCUGUCUUCCACACAACAGUCAAGGACUCCCCAAUCCUAAAAUACCUUCCCAUGCAACUGUGAAUAGAAAAUACCUCCAUGCUACAGGAGAGUGCACUUUAAAGUAUUAAAAGCCCGUCUGCAUUGCUCUCAGGAUGCACGCUCAAGCCACUUCCGACAGCCAGCAUGUCAGCAAAGUGGAAGACGUUGCUGCCCCAAGGAAAUCACGAUCGAAAUCUCUCUACCCAGACACUGAUCGCCCAUCACAUACAUCUGCCUUACCUUCAUUUAAAACCGCAAGGCGACGCUGUAGCACUACCGUCGCUUCCACAACUAUUUAUAAGUGCGAUGCGUCGAGUCCCGCGACGACUACGGUGACUAACUACAGUUCAGAUGUUUCCCGAGACUCUCUUUCUACGCCAAAGACCAGCGGCACCUGGAGCAGCAAGGCCUUCAGCAAGGGUAACAACAACAGUCGGAACAGUUUGACGACAUCCAAAAGUAAAGGCGUGUGCUGUGGCCGCCGCCGCCUCAUCGACGAGGAGGGUUACAUCAGGAGAGCGGCGUGCAUAUGUGUCAACAAGGAAGAAACAGAGGUGUUGCUGGUGACGAGUAAGAAGGACCCGUGCGCGUGGCUGGUGCCUGGCGGGGGGCUGGAGAUUGGCGAAGAGGCCGUGGCCGCAGCACACAGAGAGGCGUGGGAGGAGGCUGGCAUCCAGGGUGUCGUGGAGCGCUUUCUGGGGCUGUUUGAGUCCUGCCACCACUCCGGGUCCAAGAAGCACCGCACCGCCGUCUUCGUCUUCGUGGUCACCAAGGAGCACAAGGACUUCCCCGAGGCCAGACUGGGACGGCGCAGGCGGUGGUUCCCUCUCGAGGACGCGCUGCUGCUGCUGGCCCGCCACAGACCCCUGCAAAGCGCUUAUCUACAGUUGCUCAUGAUGUCCAAGCUCAAGAUGGCGGCGGCCUCUUAGUGACUGCUACGUGGUGGGAGGAUGGUGGGGAGGAAGCGGAUCGUUCUACUAUUUUCCCGUGUGAAUGAGAGAGAAGAUUAAGUUACGAUUUGUUAUGAAUUUUGGUGUCGAGAACGGGUCAUGAAGGUACUACUUCCUAAGUUGUAUGAGAGAGAGAAGGUCAAGGUUACGUCGUGUAUUAAAGUUCUGCUGUGGUAGGCAAGUACGACAGCACGCAAAGUUACAUUAGUACUAAGACCUCUGUGAAAAUGAUCGCAUGUUAUAACCCAUAGUUUCAAGGUGCGUGAGAUAGAGAACCAUAUAUUUAAGAAAGACGAAAUAAACGUUGUCAAGAUUAAUAGAUUUUUUUCGUGCGGUCUGCGUCGUAUUUAAGAAAUUAUAUUAACCUUGCCAGGUUACUAUUAUAGUUCUGUUUUCUCUCAUGAAUUCUUCUUCGCCAUAUUUAAGAAAGACGAAAUUAUCUUGAAGAAUAAUAAAGUUUUAUAUUUUCGUGCAUUCAUCAUAUAUAAGGAAGACGAAAUUAACCCAAAUAAAAAAUAUUUUAUGUAUUUUCUUCAUCCUAUUCACGAAAGACGAACUCAACAUUGUCAAGACCAUUACAGUUUCAUAUAUUCAAGCAGUUUUCAUCAUAUUUCAGAAAUUAGUUUGAAGUUUUAUGCUACUCACAAAAAUAAUUAAUUUGGGGCUUCCCCGCUCCCUGCCCCGCCACCGCCUCCUCGCUCACCACUAGCACAAGUCUGAUGUGUACCAUACAUUGUUAUUUUUAUAGCCUAGAGUGAUUGUGUGAAAUACUUUUUAUAUAUAUACACCAAGUGAAAUAUUAAAUGUGGACUGUUAUCUUAACACUAGGCAGACUCACCAGACGGUCAGUUAAUACAAAUGGUGGAAGGGGAAAGCAGGUUCUCUCCCCGUGGGUAUUGCGUGUGUGUGUGUGUGUGUGUGUGUGUGUGUGUGUGUGUGUGUGUGUGUGUGUGUGUGUGUGUGACUCUUUCAAGAUGUAAAUUUUUUCCUGACUCGUUUGUAGCUUUUGCAAACAGUAACUUUUCUCGGCAGUUCGAUAACCUACGGGGCCUCGCCUGUGAGUGUGGCCGUGUUUCCUUUUUUCACCUUUUAUAUUAUGAGAGGGGCUGCUUGUCUCGGACCUAUACAAUUUGGAAAUAUUAUGAAAGCAGUCUCUCCACUGACCCCAAUCGAUUCCCGCAUGUUUUAUUUUCCUUGACUCCUUAAGGAUACAAGACCGGAAGCGCCAAGUCAGGUGUGCCUAAAUAAUCUUGCGAAGGUACGGGAAACCUCGUGCCUUGUGUCAGAGAUUGUCAGCAAUAAAUAUUUUAUAUACAA